AUGAGCACUCAUGACCUGGCGCAGACUCACUGCAAUACUGUGCAGCAUGCCACGCAACAACAGCUUGAGCAUCCUGGCCUCGAUACUACCUCACCACAGGAGGAACGGGCUGUUCAUUCGGCCGUGCGACGAACAAGGCGGCGGAGAGUCAAGAAGUGGAAUCCCGGCAAACGCUUCAGCAUGAGAGAGGCUUUCGUUGACGGAACCGCCCUGCUACGAAAAGCGGCCAGGCUUGCGAGGUUCGACGACAUUGCUGUAGACUUGUGCUUUUGGGACCUGGGCUGCUCGUCAUGGGUUGGUGUGGAGCCUCGACCUUCUGGCGCGAUAAGCCGCAACAUUAGAGAGUUCGAGGGUGGGAGUGUUGGAAAAUCCGGGGAUCCCCCUUCCUUUCAGGGUUUAGACUGGAGUGGGAUCGAGGAUGGGAGAGCGAUAUUCCGAAAAUGGUUGCGCUCUCUACAUAAUGGAAUCGCCAAAUACGUCGAAGCAUAUGGUGUCCCUUGUCGGUUCAAAUGUUUCGACCCUUUCAAGGAACAAUGGCUUGUCACCAUCGGGGCGCCCGCCGGCUGGCUCAUGGAUUCUCAGGAUUGGGAACGCGCAGUGAGUAUAGACCUGAAAUGGAACACCAAACCUCACAGCUGCUUACGAAGCCUAAACAGUGUGAAAGUCGCUUGUCCCGUGAAGCAAGAUGGAAAGCGCAACACGUAUCGGGAGGUGGCCGACCCAAUAUCUCGACUAGUUCUCAAGGUGUAA